AAAUGAACUUGCUCAUAACCUCAAAAUAUAAUCUGCAUCUGUCAAAAGUCAAACACUUUUCUUUUUUCUACAUUAGAAACAAAUGAAGAACAAUGAGAAUUUAACAUCAAUGUAUAGCAAAUAACAUUCAUUUAAAAAAGAGAAAUGGGUGUAUUGUUUACAAUUUUGCAGGUAUAAUUAUUUCAUUCAGAUUAAGAAAAAAAAAAUAAUUGUUUAGUAUUAAAUUAAACGUUAUUUAAUUAAUAUUAUGGAUUAAAUUUUACAAGAAUGUCGACAUUUAAUUUCAAAAGGCGAAGUAUUAAAUCUGAAGUUGAAGAAUCAAUAACCUAUCAUUUUGGUGAUGAUAAAAAAAUACCAGGCAAAAAGAGGCCGGAUUUAGAAAGUAAUCAAGAAUUUGUUUAUUAUGAAAAAGAAGAAGAAGAAAUUGAAUUUGAAAGUAUAUUACCAGAUAUUAAAGAAGAAAUUGAAGAAGAUCCAUUGAAAAUUGAUGAUAUUAAACCUGAAAUUGAUUCUGAGACUGAUAAAAAAUCCAUAGGAUAUAUCAUAUGGUCUGUCAAUAGAAGAAAAGAAUUAUUGAAAAGUCAUUCGGAGCAAAAGCCUAAAAAUAUUGAAGAUAUUUCUAAUAAUGUACGUUGUAAUAAUACAAAAGUAGUGCAGGAAAAAUUAAAUGUGCCGACAAGUAUUCAUCAAGAACAACAGAAAACCAAAGGUACAAGAUAUACGGCUUAUACAUUAUGGUGUAAGGAAAUGCGUAGAUUUUUACUAAACAAUCAUCCAGACUUAACUUUUGGAGAGAUUUCGACAAUUUUGGGUAAAAAGUGGAAAUUGCUUAAAUCGCAGGAAAAAUACGUAUAUCAGAACCGCGCAAGACAAAUUAAUGAAAAAACUAUUCAAUUCAAGGAAAAAGAAGUUAUAAAAUCAGUUAAAAAACGAAAAUCUACAACCUUAGGGAUGAUGCCAUUAGAAGAAUUGGAGGAGGAGAAGAAAAUAUCAAGAAAAGGAAGAAUAAUAUCAAAACCGACAAAACUUGCAGAUUUUUAUAAUGUAGUUGUCAAGAGGAAAAAAAAACGAAAAAAAUCAGAAACAUCAAAUUUGAAUGAAACAUCCGAUCAAAAAGAAACUUAAAAUAAAAUCUAUUUCUUAAGGAAAAAAAGAAUAAUUUAGUGAAGUGAAUUUUUUUUAUACUUGUGUUAAAAAAUUAUCGAACAAUAUUUUUUAAAAUGAUUAUACAAAUUAUUUCUCUACUUUAAAAAAAAAAACUGAAUUAUAAGUCAAUUUUCAUAUUA